UGUUUACAAUGUUCAUAUCUUAUAUAAUUUAAGCAGGUCUGAUAAUCCUGAUAAAAAUAUUCAAGGGAAAGUAGUAUCUGAUUGAAAUAACGUUAUCCAAGAGCAUUCGACUGUGCAGUUAUAAAUACCCCGACAGAGGUCGCUGUUUUAAUCUAUACAUAACACAGAGAAACAUUAACGAUGAAGGAUGCACGUUCUCGUUGGAGAUUUACUUGGAAUAUUAUUAAAUAGAAAUGAAAUUAACUUCAAUUUGGGUCAACAAUGUUUCAUAACAUAAAUGUGAAAGUUUAUGAAACAAUUUUAGAACUUCUUUUAAUAUUUUUGGGAUGUAGCAGAUUAGUUUCCUCGGCUUGUCCGGGGAUUUGUUUUUGUCCACCGUUGAGUGACAAUGUUUUUUGUUCGAGAAAAAAUCUCCCGUUUAUUCCAAGCGGAGUGUCCCCGGAUACUGUGCAACUUAACAUGAACGAGAACAAUUUUCUAACACCUAUCUUAUUCAGGAGUAACUUUUCUACAUACACAAAAUUAGAGCAUCUUUACAUCAGUAGUUGUGGAAUAGAAAGAAUAGAAGUGGAUACAUUCGCAGACUUGACCAAACUACAAUGGCUGGAUUUAAGUAAAAAUCGUCUUAAAGUCAUUCAAGAUUACUCGUUCCGCGGCCUAACACUGGAACAUUUAUUUCUCAAUGAUAAUCCAGGAAUGCGAAUAUCGAAAAACGCAUUUGUUGGAUUACGGACUAUGGGAUUAUAUAUUCACAACUGUGCAAUUUCUCAACUAUCACUUGAAGUUAUUAGACCAAUGAACAGGACAUUAAAAUACUUAUGGUUGGACGGAAAUAAGUUUGAGAGUUUUCAAAUAGAUUGGUUGUAUGUUUUUAGAACAUUAAGCCAUACAAGACUUGCUGGGAAUCCACUUCAUUGUAAUUGUGAGGUAGGUUGGUUAUUUGAAUUUUACAAGAACAAUUUAAAAAUGUUCACUGGAGUAGAUCCUCCAUCCUGUCGCACUCCAUCAAGACUCAGAGCCAAAAAUUUUAAUGAGCUAUCCGCUGAGGAUUUCCGUUGUCAAUUACCAGUUUUCAAAAAGGUUGAUGCCAUUUUUGAGGAGCAAGUAGGGAAACUGAACUGUGUAGCUACAGGAGAUCCAGUCCCAACAAUACAGUGGCUGAAACCAGGAAACGGAGUAGAAACUUUCAAACCAAAGGCUAAGGCAGAUUCUAAUGACAAUUACGGAAUUUUGUACUUAUCCGAUCCCCAGGCAACCGAAGAUUUGGUGUACAAAUGUGUUGCUAGCAAUCCGGCGGGGAAUGUAACAUUCUCCCUUAAUGUCGUAUGGCCGCCGAAAUAUUCCAGAGACCAAUUUAUAAUAAAUACACCAAAACCUACACCCCCACCGACUUUACCACCGACAAAAGCAAUUCUGAUUCCUGACCCCGAAACACUAGAAAAAGACAAAUCAAAAGAUAAGGAAAAAUUAGACAAAAUUUCAAAAUCAAACAAUGAAAAAUCAGACAUUCUGGAAAAAUCAGACAAACAGAUAAGCCCUGGAAUUGAGACGCCAAAGAACACAGAAAAUUCAAAAGAUGAUGCUUAUGUUAUCAACGCUAGCAAAUCUGGAAUGAGCAUGAAAAGAGAAACAACUAUUGAUGGUGGAUUUUCAUUAACUGACAUUAUUGGUGCAGUCGUUGGAACAUUCUUAUUGACAUUACUUGCGUGUAUCGCCAUAUUCCACGUCGUCAAUCGUCGAUAUAAUCAUAGUCUUAUGUACAAAUCUCAAAAUGGAUUACAGGAAAAACAGACUAACAAUCAUAUAAUUGUUGACGCACGAACAGAGCAUAUGAAAAUGUUACAAAAUAAUAUCUGAACAGGAAAAAGAAAUUCGGUACUAAAUCCUCAGGGAAAAUGUGUUUCUGUUGAAAGGUGCUUUAACGGAGUAAUAUAGGAGGUGCAAAAUUCUAGUCAGGAUAAAGCACAUAUAUACAAAAUAUAUAAGGCCGAACAUUUAUCAAACUAAUAAAUUUAUUGUGGAGGAUUAUUAAUUUACGGCACUCAUACUGUCAUAUCUUAAGUUUAACAACCGGCCAUAAGGGUAAAUGAAUGUCAGUUUUACUUAAAUUGGCCAUAAACAUUGAUUGAUGACCGGAACGUGCCCUAACAUACUUACAUGCUUCUUAAACGUACAUGUAUAUAACUGUGUAUUUAUUUAGUUAAUUAAGAAUGUACACUAUGGAACUAUUACUCUAGUCGUCUGGUUAACAUUGUUUAUAUACGUUAGAGAAUAAUUUUGUGUAUACGAACUACUUCGAAUUUGGGAGACAUAUCUAUUCUCAUAAUUAACGCAACAAAUUUUCUCACGUUACAUUUUUCUAUCCUAAAUGAUGAUAAGUGGACGGAAAUAUAAUAAUGGCUAUUUUCAUUUAACUGUUAUAACCUUUUUCUCCAUUUUAUUUCUGGUUUCCUAAAUAAGUUUUCCAGAAAAAUCAAUAGUAUAAUAUGUUAAUGGCUGCUUAUUUGAUUGUUUUCCGCGGAUUUAUGCGAAGUUAAUAGUUUUAUCGUCAAGAGAAUCUCUACAUCCCGCUAGCUCUGCUCAUUUGUUACUAGCUAAUCGUACAGUUCUACUCUAAUGCUCUGUAAACACGCUUCCAACAUUAUUUUGAUUCAAAUGCAUCUGUCGAAACACUAUUUGGUGUAAAGUGUCAAAAACAGAACAGAAUGGUAUUGUUCUUGAAGAAAAUCACUUCAUCGAUUUCCACUCUUUAGAUAAUUGUAAAAGACGUAAAAUUAAAAUAGUGGCCAAUCACUUCCAUAGUCUUAUAACUAUAUCAAAUGCUCCAACGUAUUCGUAAAUUGCUUUUCUCCGCUUUAACAUUUUACCCCAAGGGAAUAUUCUCUUUUUUCUUCACUGCAUAUACAAAAAAUGUUAUCGAUUAAGACAUAUCUGUAUGACAGAAUAUUUUCUUUUACCAUCUUGUAGCCUUGAUUGAAAUCAUUCCUGGUCUUAUUAUAGUCGAGCCGACUACAAGUCUGCUAAACAAAUGUUGACUUUGAGGGGAAACAAGUUUAUCAACACUAUAUGAACCAACAAAACAAGUUAUUGAGAUAAAUAUCUGGUAAUAAAAGGUCAAUCUGAAGGCUAAUGUUGUUUUUAUCACUUGUUUAAAAAGGUAUUUUUAUUUCACUUUUCACAUUGUACAUGUCCAUUCAGUCGGGUCAAAUAAGUUUAAAUCAAGAUUUUUUUCUCCCGGGUAGACCUUAAUUGUUUAACACUCAAGGAGAAAUGACAAUAGUUUAUUGUUAACAGAGAAGGAAAAUAAAUUUUUACUUUUAACAUAAUUUUUUUUAUUAUGAACAUUAAAUUUCCACAUAUUCAACUGUUAUAUGAGAUAGAGCUAUAUUGGGCCUUGUUAUAUCUAAUGGACCAUACAUUUUAAAAAGAUGGUUCAAUAUAAUAUUCGAUGAAUCCGAAACUAAAGUUAAUUCAUAUGUAUCCUUACAUCAUUUUAAUUAAAGUGUAAUUUACAGUAUGUUUGUAAUAUAAUAGUUUAAUAUGUUUUAGCUAUUGUAUAAAAUGUGGUACUCGUACAUUUAGGAAUAUGAUAAGAUUUUUUCAAUUAAGAAUAAUUUUAGUGUAAACUUUUUAUUGUUUUUUUAUUUGUUUGUGACUGCAAAUUACACAUGAAAGCGCUACACUUGUAUAAAUCAAGAUGAAUAAAAAGAUGUUAUUCGAAACAACACUUCUUGUAAAAUAUCCAUCAAAAGUAUUUGUUUGAUGAGAAAUGUAUACGUUUCACACAUGAUAGGGCUGCAUGUAAGAUAAAAAGAGAGUUCGUGAUAGAAUGAAAGGUGAUGCAAGGGUGAAUGCACAUGGAGAGGUUCACUUGAUUAUUAAUGUUAGUGGGUAUGGAACGUUUGAAAGGCUUUAGAUAGUGUGUGUGAUCGGGGGACAUAUUCCCACGUGUUGUUAGAUGAUUAUUUUAUAUUGUGAAAUGAAACUUCAUAUUCUAUACACGUAUUUAGUUUUAUGCUGAAAGGAAUUUAUAUACAAAGUUAUUCUAUUUAUUUCACAAUUCAGCAUAAAACAAGCUAUGUGAUAAAUAAAUGAUCUUUAAAUGACA